AUGCACCACGCAAUCUUAGAUGGCAAGACUUCAACUUUGUUUGUGAAAUCUUGGGCUCACAUUUGCAAACAUGAUGAUCAAUCUAAUUCAGUACUACCUGAUCAGCUGAAACAAUUCUAUGACAGAAAGGGCAUUCAGGAUCCAGCUCAGCUCGGAGCACUUUACUCGAACUCUUAUCGAAAUAAGGACGGUCCCAACAAUCGAAGCUUAACGUUUUGGGAGAGGAAACCCCCAUCGGGCUCUAUCCGAGGCACCUUUGAAUUCACAAGAGCAAAUAUAGAAACACUGAGGCAAUUGUUGAAGGCUAAAUUGGCAGAGCAGAAACAACAAGAUAUUCAUUCAGUUCAUGUGUCAACUUUCACUCUAGCAUGUGCCUAUACAUGGGUUUGCGUAGUCAAGGCAGAGGAAAUAAACAAUGACCAAACACGUCUGGCUUUUAACGUGGAUUGCAGGUCUCGCUUGGAUCCUCUUGUAUCUCCAAACUAUUUUGGGAAUUGCAUAGCGGGACGUAUAGCAGUUGCCGAAACAAUACUGAUGUUGGGUUGGUCUUAG